AUGGCUGAUCUGGGCCUGCUCGUGGUCAGAGAAUCAAGUAAACUUAGUAGUUGUGACGUUUUGUACAACCGUAAAUUUGUUAGCGUGAGUCUGGUUAAAUUUCAUGCAGAACUUUUCGAGGCCGUUACUAGGAUACUGGAUUCAUCAACGAAGGUAACGGAGGACGAAAUCCAGCUCUUUUUUGAGUCCUUAUGGGGGGAGUAUCAACUGGUUGUUUUCCAGUACUUUAUCCGGUGGAAAGAGGCUCUGUGGAGGGAUUCUGCCAGACAGCGGAAAAAGUGUUACGUGGAAUUCAGGAAGUUAAGAGAUAGAUCGCAGCAGCUUUUCAAAAAAUUCCACAGGCUCUAUUAUUCCAUUAUCGAAUACAUAACGGCACGCUACGAUAUCUCCAAUGCAAUUCCUGUCCAUAUCUUAGGUAAGCUGAACUUGGAUAAAGUUUCGCACAGGACAAAACAGAUGCCAACCGUAGUGGUCUCUGAUCGGUACUCGAUAACUACACGGAACGUGACGUGCGUCUUUUAUCAUUGUUUGAUUAAUCUAGGUAGGAUACACUAUUGUCAAAAAAUGGUUGAAGAGCCCAUACAUCAUGAGAUGAGUCGGUGUGAGUUUACAAAAGCGGAGAGAUAUCUUACAGCGGCUACAAUCAUAAUACCCGCGCUCAGCACAUCGUACACACAACUAUACGUAAUAAACAACAAGAAGAGAAAUUACUUGGAAGCAAUAUACCAAUUGGUCAGGAGCUCGAGAACCAGGAUUGGUAAUGCAAAGGCUACCGAGACGUUACAGUUUUUCUUCAAGUUGAAUAACAUUGAGAAGUUGUUUCAAGAGCAAAAAGAUAUUGAUGGAGUGGGGCAAGUAACAUGGUAUACGUUCAUGUUGAUAAGUUACCACAUGGAUGUAUCACUGCGACGGUCUACUGCAGUAGAGUCUCAGAAGUCUAAAGCUAACGUCCAGAAGCUGCUCAACCAAGCGCUACAUAAUCAUGUCCCUCAAAUUAUCGAUAAAGUUUUCCAAAUCAUGGUCAUUCUCAUAGGUACAUUCCACACAAUGCUCUCAGUGGACCUUCCCGAGAUCGAAAACUUACACGCUGUCAAUGUCAAUAAGCUGCAUUAUUUCCAUUCCGACUACCUGGAAUUCAUAUUUGAGUACUUCAUCACGUUGAUCGAUAACGUUGCGACCGACGACCACGCCAGUGAGAUAGCACCCUUGGCCAUUGUCAGGCUGAUGAUUGGCUGGAUCAAAUGUAAUCGUCCAGUUUUGCACAAGGCUCAUAGACACGUUGUGCUAUGCACUAGACUGGCAAUGCUAGUAAACGUGCUGAUCAAGAAACUUCAACAAAACGGGAUCACACAGUGGUCCAUCAAACCGACAAGGUCGUACUAUUUUAAAGAGGAUGUUCUUCUCAAAAACUUCUCCUGCAUACGAGACCACCUCACCGACUUCAUGGACGACGAAAUAGACCGGAAAAGGCGUAACAUAAUCAACCGUCUCGCCGGGUUCCCCCCGCGAAAGGAGAGGCUGGACUUCCAGGGAGAGAAUUCGCUCAGAAGUCAGGCGGUCGUCGCUGCACUGAUCAAGUUCCUCUCAAGCAACAACUCGAACACCAGAUGGAACGAUGACAUGCGAGUCUUUGAUAUCUCCUAA